AAGGCGAUCAGCAAACAUGGCUGUGAUCGGACAAUGUGAAUGUGGAUUUCUCGUCGAUCACAGGAAAAGUAUCUCUGAAUCAGUUUCAUCGUUGUCAUUGUCGUGUAAAGAAGCUUUCUUUGCUCUUUACGAGCCUUAUUUUAGAACUUCAACGAACAGCAGUUCAUCGGGAUCAAAAAAGAGAAAGGUACAUGCAAGUUUUGAGAUCAGGGAAACAGCGAAAGCAGUCUGAGAUAAUCUGACGAACCUUAAUUUUUAAAAUCAAGAAUUGCACAACGAUGAAAGCUCUGUAACGUUUGUUUUUAUGUGAAAUAGUCACCCACCAGGAAACACUCAAAGUAAAUGUAAUCCUCUCAUUUUAGAAGUUUGCACAAUACAGUUGUUAUAGUGAUUGUAUCCGACUCCGUCGUGUUUUGAUUCAUUUUGAUCCGUUCAUCUAUCAAUCGUAACCUUCUGUAAGAUAGUGACUUACUUGCAGUUACCUUUGUAGCGGAAGAAAUCUGUCCAAGUUGUUCGUACAGAGGAAGAAUUAGAUGCUGCUGCACACCAUGGCAAGGUAAACAUUCAACUUCCCAACCCUCGACAUGCCAAGUUUGCUCACGCUGUCCAUUAUUAAAUAUAAAAAGACAAACAGGAUUCUGCCUCUGUUGGUAAACAUCAUCACCAUUCCCAUGUUCUUUCUUGAGGAAAAAAAAGAAUCAUCUUAAUCAGUACUCUGUUGUAGCCUCCCGCAUGGCAAUGGAAAUUAUCCAACAUGUACAUGUGUGGUGUUGUUCAAAUUAAAAAAAAUAAGUUAUAGUCGAGUUGCCUUUGUCAAAGACAAGCACCUUAAAGAACAAUGUCAAGUUUCCAUCCUGGAAAAGUGCUUUUCCGAGAUGAGUAUACUAGGUUUGAAAACAUAAACAAAGGAUUUGAACGUCAAAUACAACUCUGAGUAGCAAAUUGAGGAUUUCCAUAAAAAAGUGUUGAUAAAAAAAGUUUAAAAACUUAGUAUACUAAGAUGUGAAAGUUUCAAUCUCUCAACCUUAAAAGAGCCUUUGGUGGCAGUGAAGAGGUAAAACUGAAGAAAUGGUAGAGAGAGUUUCAAAGAAAUGGUUAUUGAUAGAAGGGUGCUCAGCAUUCAGAGGUUGAAUCCCCCUCAACUGCUGAAUGCUGCAGCAUUUGAACUGAUUGGGAGUUCUGCUAUUCACACCUUGGUAGGAUGCCAGUCCAUCUCAGGUUACCCCCUCCCCCUUCCCUCCACUUAACACUUUGCGUGGCUCUCUUACAAUUUUCAGGGUGGGGCAGGUUGGUGUUUACAAGUCUUGCCCAACAACACAACACAAUGACCCCAUUGGAGAUUAAAACCCAGACCCCCUAAGUCCAGUGAAUUGUGCACCAAACAUUAAGCCUCAGCAUUUCCCAUGAAAACCACUGACACACAAAAAUGUUUACAACAUCUUACACCAAAGCUUUUAGCCUCAUUGUUUCUAUUAAUCUUUGAUUAAUUCAGAUAAAAGACACAAUUUCAACAGGAACAGAGAAGCUUGUGCGCAUUGGUGUGGAUAUGGGCUAUUUUCUACCUGAAAAUGAUCUUAGUGAACAAAGUAAUUUAGAGUCAGGUAAACUUUGCACCACAAUAGAACUAGUCAAUUAGUUAGACAGUCUCUACCAGCAAAACUGUGACCUCUUCUAAAUGCUUCAAUCUCCAAGAUCUACUUGCCACUGUUGAAACAAAUUUUGACACAUCAAUAUAUAAUUGCCAAUUGAAAGGAGAUCAUUAAGGAUGACUGAAACAAGUUCUUCAUGACAGAAGUGCCACUUACAUCUAUGAGCUUAACUUCUAACAAGUUAGCAUUAUAUUUUAAGUAGAACAUCUGUGACUGGUAGGCAUUAUUUAAAUUCAAUUCUUGAUGAAGACUAAAGUGCUGUCCUCCUUAUUGACAAAUGAUCUCAAUUUGUAAGGUUUAUUACCCUUUAAAAGUUUUUAAAAUAGUUUUGAAUUUACAGAACUAGCUUUGACUGAUUGCAAGCACUUUUCUGGACUGUCAACUGAUGUUCAAAGUCACAGCAGAUGUCUGUCCAGUGAUCAUUUGGAACCUUUAAUCAUCAAAGGUUAUUUGUUAUUCUUGUAAAUUGUUAAUCCAAGACUUAAUUUUCAUUUCCACAGUUAUUUAUUGUUUUAAAAAUGCAUGUUAUCCUCUCAAAGGUGUGUUUAAACAACUCAACAAUUACCAGUUAUGACUCCUGGAUCACAACAAUUCUCUCCCCCAGCUGCUAAACAUUUCCCUGUAAAUCAGUAACAAUAAUUUGCUGUUAGCUUAAGUUAACAACUUCUACCAGAUAAGUUUGAGUAAUCUUGUUGACUGUUUGUUGGAUGAUGUAUGGAUAUUUUAGAAGUUCCAUACUGAUCACUUCUGGGAGUUAAAGGGUUAAGCUAAUCAGACAAUGCAGCCAGAUAAUUAUCCUCUGGAAGUACAGUCAAUACCUAUCUUAAGCAGUCAUUUACCAUUAAUGACAGAGUGACCGCUCAAUACUAAUUUACUGAUUUACUGCUUAAUACAGGCUCCACAGAGUAGGAGUAUUAAAGGAAAUGAUAAAUACACCAUGUUUUGCCAUAAUUGACCGCAUAGUUUAACAAACCUUACUCAAAAACACCACUAACAUCAAUUUUUGGAGAUAAACAGGGAUUAAAUUUUACUUGAAAGAUUAUUCUUAGUUUUAUUUGAGAGGAUAUACUUCAAGUGAUCAUUUGAUACUGAAAGGUGGAGAACAAUACAAACAGGCCAUUAGGACUUCAUAAAGGGUGACCAUGACUGCUUAAUAGAGGUGAAAAUUACAGUUAGUUAUUAAGACUUUGAAAAUCAACCCCUUAAUACAGGUGACUACUUCAUACAGUGCCCCUUAAUACAGGUUCAACUGUACCUCCUUCCUUUUCACAAGCUCUCUAAUGGCCCAAAAUGAAUGUUGUUGUCUUUGUUUUAGGAAAGUAAGUUAGAUGAUAUAAUAUUACAGCAUGUUAAUAGUUUUGUAGAUAUUACCUGUUGAGAAAAUUGAUAAAUAAUUAACCAUGUCUCUCUUGUACAAAGGUGAUUUCGCUGGAAGUGAAAAGUCUCUGUUGAACCGUAUCAUUUAUUACCCUGGUAGCAAACCCACAGUUUUGAAUGUAUCUGGGGAGAAAUACAUUUUACCUGCAGAUUGCAACUUCUUGAUGUCUGAUGCACAGAACUUAGGACCUCUUGUUAAUUAUGGUUAGUUUAACCAUGAUAUGUUAACCCUAGUUAACUCAGUCUAUAACUCCCUUUGGUGACCAGGUCAGACGUAACAAUAAAAGCUAAGUUUUUUGUUUGUCUUACGAUGUAGUCACGUAUGAUGUAGAUCACAACAUUUCAACUGCAUACUGCUAGUCUUCUUCAGGCAAUAAGGUUGACUGGUCAUGCAUGAUCUCAUAAAGCAUGAUGCUCUGCUGUGAUUAGUUGUUUUUCAACAGCUCUGAUUGGUGCGUUUCGAUCCUUGCUGUUCACUCAGUCAAAAAAAGUCAGACUUUCUCCUUACAAUAUCAAUACAAAUUCAAGCAGACCAGUGAUGAGAAUAAAGAAAAAUAUAAAUUGGAUGAUUAUUGGUUGAUCUAAUACCAAGUUCUCUAAACUAACAUCAUAAGAAUAGUAUGGCAGACAGUAAGGAGAAUUACAAGUGAGAUCUUGGGAGUGAAAGGGUCAAAAGAAAGCAGUGGCUUUUUCAAUAUUUUAGUAAUGACUCAGACAUAUAUUUAUCAUUUGCAUCCUCAACAGCCCAAUGCUAUGGAGGUUAUAACUUGCUGGUGUUGGAUCCUCCAUGGUUCAACAAAUCUGCAAAGCGUGGCUCAAAGUGAGAGGAUUUUCAUUUUUUCUUUUUUCAUGGCUAACCCUGACCAAAAAAUUGUGCACCAUUCUGGAUCAAGCUUGCUCCCUAAAUUGGAAAGAGUUAAGUUUAACAGUCAUACAACAUUACUGAAUGGAGAGAGAAAAAGCCCCUUAUCCUUCCAAAAUAAAAUAUUAACCAUACUUUACUUUACUCAUUACUCCUCUUCCCUCAGCCAGGCCUUCAUCAACCUAGUAUGGCUUGAAGUCUUAUUUUGUUAAUCUUUACAUAAUUUUAUAUAUCUUUUCAAGGUAUUCCUUCAUGUCAUUAUGGCAAAUAAAAUCACUUCCAGUCCCUUGCCUUCUUGCCCCUGGUGCUCUGGUGGGGAUCUGGGUUACCAACAAACAGAAGUACUUAAGGUUUACAAGGACAGAGCUCUUUCCUCAUUGGUCCAUGGAGCUAAUGGCAGAGUGGUACUGGGUUAAAGUAACAAGAAAAGGAGAACUGGUGACUGAUUUAGAUUCACCUCAUAAAAAACCAUAUGAGCCACUGUUAUUAGGACGUUUUAAUCCAAAGAUGGAUGGUCUAAGGUCAUCUUGUUGCCUCAUAAAUAAUAAGAAAAACUCUUCUGAAAAGGAGAUGGAAUCAGCCUUUGUUGAUAGGGGAUCUCUCAAUGAAUCUUCACUUCCAACUAAAAGGAAAAAGAUCAGUGAUAAUGAUGAUGAUAUCAGGAAAGAAAACACCUGUGAUAUAAAUAAAAAUACAGCUAUGGCAAUUUCACUUGAGUGGAAUCCACCAUCAAUAUAUCAAUCAGUUGGGGAAAUCACCAGUCAAGACAGUAGACAUUGUGAAACAGGAGUUCAGAAUCCUAGAAAUUGUUGGUUAAAUUGUCAAGGAGUAUAUCAUGAAGAUAAAAUGGACAUCACACAGGGCUUGAACAGUCCAACUGAGGUUGUGCAGAAACAACAAGCUAUGCAAAAGGUUAAGGAGCAGGGGCAGAAAGGCAGUAUUGGUUUUAUGAAAAAUAGUUUGAAAAUCUCAAGUGAGCAAUCAGAACCUAAAGAGCUAGAGCCAGAUUCUAAACCUUGUGAGUUGUUACCCUAUCAUCAGAUCAUAUGCAGUGUUCCUUGUAAGAUUCAUUCCAGGAAGCCUCCUCUGCAUGGUGAGCUAAACUUCUCCUAACUUAUAAAUUGUUAAAAGCACUAAUCUACUCAUGUAUAGCUGCCUCAAGAUAACUACCACAGGUACAGCAGAUAUGUUUCAUAGAGUACACUCUAUGGAAAAACUGAACUGAAGCAUGAAGCUAAAUAAUGUUUUAGAUAUUCCCAGUUUCUUUUUCAUCUUUCAUAUCAUAAAAUUUCAGAAAACUAAUGAAAAGAUAUGUGUCCAGCCAACAAAUUUAAAUACCAAGGACACUUUUUGCCAAUAAAAUUAAAAAAGAUUUUUUUAAAUUUUUUUUUCUUUGAUCUAAGCAAAUAGGAAUGUGUGUAUAUGGUCAUUAUAUUGCCUGGUAGGCCUUAUUUUAGUUAAAGAUGCCUUUGAGUAAAGGACAGUUACAAUGUACAUCUUACAUCCUUUCAUAAUAUUUUACAUAGAGGACUAUAUUAUAUGUUUUCCACAGUAAUGACCACAUACAGUGUACCAAUUCUUAUCUACAAUUUAUUAAACCUUGUUUUUGUUUUGUUUUUCUUUCAUCAGAAAUCUUUUCAAAGUACAUGCCACCUAAUUCAUUAUGUCUGGAAAUGUUUGCUCGAAAUCUAACUCCUCACUGGACCAGCUGGGGGAAUGAGGUAAUCACUCAAGCUCUUUGAUGUUUUUGUUACAACUACCUUACAGUGCGCAAGUCUGUUUGUUUUUUACCUCAUUUUACUGUACUUAAUACUGUCAUUGUCUUUUCUUGGUUGUCUUAAUUUGAAAAGUAUUCUUCCUUUGUUUGGAUCCUGUCAAGGUGAACAUCAAAAUAUCAAGAAGAGUCAUUCAAAAUAGAAAUUCCCUUUCCCCAUACAAUGAAUUUUAUUUUUAGUCUUUAAUGGAUAGCCUUGCUUUUCCUCUUUGCAAUUAAAUUUGAAAAAAUGAUUUCAUUUCUUAUCACCAGGUGCUUAAGUUUCAGAGCAUGGAGUACUUUGAAGAGUGUACAACUGAACAAGUACCUAGAAAAAUCCAAGAAAAAAAUAGUAUUCUUACAAAUUGCUAACCAUGACCUUGUGGUGGCUGUGUAUCAUUUGCUUCCAAGUUUCUGAUAGUCGUCUUUAGCAUUUUUGCUGAAAGCUGUGAAGUACUGUCUUUGAUUGGUAAAAUUUGUUAUCAGAAGUUGAAACCUUUGUAGUUUUUGUUGCAAAAUCACCCCCACCGUGUGUUAAGAUUGCAGAGUUGUCUCAGCAACCAAAUUUUCUUCUUGGUAGCAAGCUUCAUUGUAGCACAUCCUUAUAUCUAAUAAAAACGCAUUAUAGACCAGGGUUCAGUUGUAUAAAGGGUGGAUAACGCUAUCCGACGUAUAAAUCGCUAUAAGUGAUAACAAAACGUAUAGUGUUAUCCACCGGAUAGAGAUUUAUUCAGUGGAUAGUGUUAUCCGACCUUUGAACAACUAAGGCCAGAAAGUUAUUUAUUAGAGACCAUGGAUGUUUCCGGAAAUGUAAUGUAAGAACUUAAUAACAUCUGCAUCCCAUACAAUUUUGCUCUUCCUUCAUCCUGUUAAACUAGAGAAAAGCCUUAACCUGCAUUAUGAACUGUGGCUUACAAUAACGUUGUUGCAUUUAGGAGAACUCAUGUUUCAAUUGUUUGAAUUGGCGUUAGUAUGAUUUAAUAGGAAAUUAAAGAAAAUGACCUUCAAUUAGUUUUACUUGUAAAGAAAACACAUGGUUGCGUUGCGUUUUUCAAACUCAACAGGUCGUACCAUCAUUAUGGCAGAUUGUCCCAGACCUUUUGACCUUAGUGCCAGAAAAUAGCAAAGAAAAGAAUGUGAAGAAUUGUGCAAUUUCCUGAUCUGAACUCACUGUUUACAAAGUAGAAAACAAUUAUGAUCAAACUUCUACAAACAACAUCACAAUUAAGUACUGAACACGGACAUCAUCUGCAAAGGAAAUGUUGUCUAAAACUGACACGAUUUCAGAAAAGACUUAAUUAUUUCAAUCAUUUCUUACUAUAAUUAAACAUGUAACUGUGCGGGUCAGGGAAUUGUAAAUUUGGUUAGAUUCUGGUAAAUUUCGCUGAAAAGAAGGGACUGUCUGUUGUCUAUGUGUGGUGGAGAUCCAUACUCUCUGAAAAUUCC